AGACGCAUUCUGAUUCUUUUUUUUUUCAUUGCAUUUCUCUUCAAGACCGUUUACAUCCGUUAACAACUGUCCUUGUCGCGUUCACUAUGUCGUUUACUUCUAAGGACACCAAACUCUAUCGGGAGGACGAGAAGGUCGGGCAUAAGAAGCUCGACGUAAAAGAGCGAGAGAAACUUGUGAAAAACUACCUUCCCACCCCUCCCAAUCGGUCGCGAAGUCAUAGUCGGAAGAGAAAGCAAGAAACUUCCCACUUUGGUGUGAGGAAGUUUCUUAGGUCACAACUCUAUCUGCUCCUAUAUAUCUUCGUCCACGCAAUCUUCUCCGUCUACAUCCGAAUCCGCAUAGCCUACCACGCCGUAGUCCUCCGAGUCCUCUCCAUACUUAAGUACCAUCACAACACACCCGACUAUGUCCGAAGAGACGUCAGCACUCUGAAGAGGAUACCGAAACAUGUCAGCGUCAUAUUAACCCUUGAAGAUGGUGGGAGGGCAGGAGAUGCGCUAGAGAAGCUUGUCAAUGAAGUUGCCGAAGUAGCGGCGUGGUGCGCUUCUGCGGGAAUUCCUCGAUUAUCCAUAUACGAGAGGACAGGAGUACUCAAACGAUACAUGCCCCAGACACAUCGUGCUUUGGUGCAAAAGCUUAAGGGCUGGUUCGGGAAGCACCAAGCCCCGCCACUUUCUCUUUCCACCCGCGGAGCAUCAACCAUCCAUACCGCAAACCGGGAGUAUCUAUCACAUGACAAUGUUCCGCUAGACGUUCUACUCAUUUCUGAGGAUGAUGGCCGAGAAGCGAUGGUAGAUCUCACUAAAGUUCUAGUUCAGAUGGUUCACAAGGAGAAAAUUUCAGCCAAGGAUAUCACAAUAGACGUUCUUGACAAUGAACUAUCCGAAGCCGUCAUGCUAGAGCCAGAUUUACUCAUCUCAUUUGAGCCUUACGUCGAUCUUCAGGGAUACCCACCUUGGCCGAUACGAUUAACUGAGAUUUACUGUGCGCCCGACAACCAAGGGGUUGGAUACCAGGUUUUCCUACGGGGUCUACGAAAAUACACGGAGGCAACUUUCAAACUGGGGAAAUAAGCAGGCUGGGCUGCAAAGUAGAGGGGGAUGUAAUCAUGACUUUCAUUGUCACCUCUCUUAAUUGGUUGGGUUUUAGUUGAUAGACAUUACUGUAGAAUGGCGAUUUUCUGUUGCCCUUCUUUGGACCGGUCGGAAUAUGAUACCACCAUGUUGAAAAAGGAUCAUUCGGAUAGGCGUACAUAAUAAAAUUAAGUGGCUUGCCUCGUGCAAAAAUCACUGGUUGUCAUUUGGGGGAUCGUUACAUAUCUUGACGCCUCUUAAAAAGCAAUGAUAUUGUGUGACAAUUUCAUAUCCUCCAAACAGUCGUGGUUCAUGAGAACGGAACUGCUCGUGAACGGGCACUUCUGCAUCUAUUCAUAUUACUAAAAUAACCACGCUAAGCCAUAAAAACAAUGACAGAAUGAACAUACGA